AAACUUAACAUAAAAUUUAAAAAUUGUUUUUAUUUUUAGUUUGCAAAAGCCAAGCGCAAACGACAUAAUUUUUCGAAAAUAAACAAUAACUUUUAUAUUUUUGUAUUAUGCAUUUCACAAAUACUUCUUAAAAUCAUGGCUUGCGCUGUUCGAUCCUGUCGAAAUGAAACUCAUCGCCGUCCUGAUUUGAGUUUCUUUAGUCUACCUACUCACCAAGAUGUUAGGGAAGAAUGGUUAGAAGUUCUAGGAGUCGAAAGGUUUGACCAUAUUAGAAGAUUGAAAGUUUGUGAGUUGCAUUUUAAACCAAAAGAUUUUUGUGAAGGGAGGAAACAGUUAAAAUCUCAUGCUAUACCUGUUUUGAAAUUGGGUACCGGUAAAUCGGAGCUACUGGACAGCGAUGAUGAAUUUAUGGAGUAUAAAUCAGAUAGUGACCAAGAAAUCGUUGAAAUUUCCAACGCUAAGCCAACAAAUGGAAAAAUAAAGCAAGAAACACCAGCGAAAACAGAAACUGAUGAAGAACCAACUGAAGGUCGGAGACCAUCCAGGAGAGCUGCCCGUGAAGCCGCAAAGAAGAUUUAUAAUACCGUACGUAGUUUCAUGCCUAAAGCUGAAGAUGCAGUAUAUACACCACCAUCCAGUUCACCAAUCACUUUUUCCAAAUAUAAUUCAAUAAGCCGUACAAAAAGACGCCCUAGUUUAAAAGCAGCCCAAAUAGAAAUAGAUUUGGUAAUGGAGUGUCAUGAGGAAAUAUUGAGUCCUGUGCAAGCUGAAGCGCUUCUAAAAUCUCAACUGGAGUACAAUAUGGUAAUGAAAACUCUGAGAUCUCUAAAAGCAAGCAAUGCUAAAAUUAUAUUUGCUAAAGAACCAUACUCUGCUGGUGUACCUACUACAACGGCAGCACCUACAGUACCUAGUGCAAGUGUAGUACCACUGAAACUGGCCAAUAAUCCUGCAAUACAAAUUACAAAAACUACUUUACCUGCUUGAUUCUGCAAAAUAUUGUUUGGUUCAUGAAGAAAGAUUGGAGAAUUUUUGUAAAUUUUCAUCUUUAAGCCAUCAUCAUAUCAGAUCUUAUGAAAUAUUUAAAAGUAAUUUUGACUGUAAUUCCUAUCAUAAACUGCAAUUCAAAAUGAGAUACUGUAUAUUUCUAUUCAAAUCUAUUUAUCAUUGUAAUUAUGAAUAAAAAGUGUUUCCAUCUCCUGAA